AUGGCAGACAAAUCGACCAUAGGAAGUAUUGUGUUUGCGGUGCUGUUGGUAUUCGCCUUCUUGACGUUCACGGCCAGCUUGAUCACUAUGAUCAAAGUGUUCAAUAUCAAGAACAGCUUGAGUGGUAGUGAGGACAGCAGUAAUGGUGAGUUGAUAAGGCUAAUAAAAAUGGCAAGAACUUUUUUUACAAAACGAAAAAUGGCAAGAACUUUCUUUACAAACCAUAAAAAAGUGAUUUUAGGUUCCAACAAAACAACUACAGUAGCCCCCGGCCCUGGCCCAGGCCCCAACCCUACCACAACUGUCGAACCAGUUCCGUCCACAACCGUUACGAUACCACCGGCGCCCACAACAACAACAACUGCAACUCCAGACCAAGGCUUGAAUAUUCGGCCAGUAACCGAAAUUAAUCAAGGUGAAGCACGGUACACGAGCUUUUUACGGUAUGUCAAAAGUCUGAAUCGUAGUAUGACACUGAGCGAAGAUCCAUGUAAAAACUUCUUUGGUUAUGUGUGCGACAAGAGUGCUAAUGAUGAACAAGACAUGUUAAAGGAUAACACGUUUAGCGAUCUGUGUGAUGCUUUGGAUGAUACGAAUUUGCCGGUAAGUUAAAUGUUGAAAUCGUUUUUAUAAAAUGAGGAUAUAAAAAUAGGCUGGCAUUGAAGAGCAGAAGUUAAUCAUGCCUUAUUUAGUUAAGAGUAAAGCAGCCUUAGUCCUUCGCUCUAGCCCGUAGCGGGUAGACCUUAUCAUGCAUUUUUAGUUAAGAUAAAGCUAAUGUAAGGCUAGAAAAGGGCUAAAAAAUAAAACAGAGCAGAGUUAUUGUCAACAGAAAGGCCAGUCAAACCAAGGCUAAGGCUAAGGCUAAGGCUAAGGCUAAGGCUAAGCCUAAGGCUAAUGCUAAGCCUAAGGCUAAUGCUAAGUAAUAUCUUUUUUCAGAAUUUCGAAGCUAUGAACAAACUAAAACAACUAAAAGCAAAGUGUAUGUUGAUCGAGAGAGACGUGGCCAACAAGAAGACGGCUUUAAGUGGAGCCAAGUUCCUUGAAUACUACAAUGCCUUUGUAGCCACCUUGCCAAACCAAGUCGAAUUCCCAGCAUUAUCAGCCAAAGAUGCUACUUUAGCUAAGCCGACGGCCGCACAAUUGGCCACAAUCAUGGUUUAUUUGGCCAAACGAGGGCAAGACCUAUUCACGCAGCUCAAGAUAGUACCGUUGGUACAUGCGAACCUGGCGGAUCGUGACUACAGUAUCUUGUUCGACGAGCCUAGUCUAGAUCAGCAGCUGUAUGAUUAUCAGUACAGUCCAGACGCUGUAAAGGCUAAACAAGUGAAAAAAUGGUCGGACUACAUUAAGAAAGUGUACCUGCUGAAGACUACAACUGGUACUGUUGACGAAACUUUGUUGGCAGAAGAUCUAGACGAGUUGUGGGCAUUGGAUAAGUUUAUCGCUGAUAAUGUUGUCAGUGACCCGACUACUCCACAGACUUUUACUGAGUAAGUUUUUUGCAACAAAUGGCAUGAACUUUCUUUACAAAACAAAAAAUGGCAAGAACUUUCUUUACAAAACAAAAAAUAGCAAGAACUUUCUUUACCAAACAUAAAAUGGCAAAAACUUUCUUUACAAAUAUAAACAAAAACUUUUUAUCGUAUAACUUGUCACUCGCAGCCUGCAAAGCCUAAAAACCGCUUUUUUAAUAAAAAUGGCAAAAACUUUCUUUAUAAAGCAAAAAAUUGCAAACCAAACCUUUUCAUCAUAUAACCUGACACCCGCAGCCUGCCAAACAUUAAAAAACUAAUUUUUAUUAAAAAAUAGAAGAACUUUUUUUACAAAACAGAAAAUGGCAAGAACUUUCUUUAAAAAACAGAAAAUUGCAAGAACUUUCUUUACAAAACAAAAAAUUGCAAAAACUUUCUUUACAAAACAAAAAAUUGCAAGAACUUUCUUUACACUUCUUUAACUUUCAGAAAAACUACGAUAUACACAGCAGCCGAAGCCACCACAGCAGUCUCACUCUUUGACUUUACUCAAUACCUGACCGACCUUGUUGCUGACCAAACAGAUGACAAUCUCAAGAACAAGGUCACGGCUACCGACUAUAAUAUUGUAGUCACCAAUCCUACCCGCCUCGAAGCCCUAGCCACGUACUUGAGUGGUACCUCCACAGCACGUGCCAUCUACAAUUACAUCUUCAUCAAGUUUUGUCAGACAUACGAUUUAAGAUUGUCAUUGGCACCGACAGAACGGUCGAGUACAGUCAAUGUGGCAGACGAGCCUGACGCUGAAGAAGUUUGUGAUAGAAGAAUCGUGGAGAAUAGGUAUCUAGCUGACCUUGUUGACCAUACCUACAUCUUUACACUGUCUGAGGCAGCGGACCGAGAAAAGAUGUAUAAGAUUGCUGAAGAGGUGGCUAGGAAUGUCAUUAAUGGACUUAAGGUAGGAAUAUUUCAAAAAUUUUAAGAGUUGAUAGGUAGGACUUUUUUACAAAUAUCUGUGGUCUUAAAGUAGGACCAUUUCACAAAAAUUUUGAAAAUAGCGCCCGACCACUAUUUUUGUCGUAUAAAAUGAACUCUGCAGCCUGCAGAAGUCGUUUUGAUUCAAAUAGCAAGAACUUUCUUUACAAAUGAUAAAAUGGCAAAAGCUUUCUUUACAAAAUAAAUAACGAAUUUCGGUGUAUAACUUGUCACUCGCAGCUUGCAAAAGCUUAAAAGUCAAUAUUUUGAACAAAGGCAAUAACUUUCUUUACAAAGCAAAAAAUAACGAGAACUUUCUUUAUGAAACAAAAAAUAGCAAGAACUUUCUUUCCAACACAAAAACAGUAAGAAUUUUCUUUACAAAUCAAAGAAAUUGUUUUCAACGUAUAAACAGUCACCUGCAGCUUGCAAUUUCUUAAAAUAGCUUUUUAUGCUGCAAAUGGCAAGAACUUUCUUUACAAAGCUUAAGAUGGCAAGAACUUUCUUUACAAAACAUAAAAUAGCAAGAACUUUCUUUACAAAACAUAAAAUAGCAAGAACUUUCUUUACAAAGCUUAGAAUAGCAAGAAAUUUCUUUACAAACUCAUAAAACCAUAAAUAUUUUUAAACACCGUAUUUCAGGCCAACAUUCAAACCCUUUCCUGGUCGCCAACCUCCAAAACCGCGGCUAUCAACAAGCUUGAUAAUAUGAAGAUCAGUGUUGGUUAUUCAAAAUCAACUUUAACUACAGAUGCUUUAAACACUAAAUACGCUGCCUUUACUACCGACAACACGGCCCAAAACUACUAUGACAUAGCCGAAACUACAGUAACUCUGCAGUCUUUAAUCGAUGUACAACUACUGAGCACGCCUGCACAAGACCGUCCUGCAACUCCAGUAUUCAACGGCAAUGCCACUUCGACCAGUAUCAAGUACAGUAAUCUGCAGAACUCGCUGACGAUCCCACAUGCCAUUUUGACCUCACCCUUCUUCGAUGUCAACUACCCGACUUCGGUACUGUAUGGUGCACUAGGUCUUCUGAUUGGGCAUGAAAUAGUUCAUGGCUUCGACAAAAAUGGAGUUUUGUUUAAUGAACAAGGCAUAUGGGUCGUUUCCUGGAUAGAUACAGCUAGUCAGCCCAUAUUUGAUAAAAUGAACGAGUGUGUCGUGAAGCAGUAUACUGGUUAUAAUGUGGAGGCCAGCCCUUUAAUUGGAGCUUAUGUUCUGUCUGAAGCGCUGGGAGAUAAUGGAGGUGUGUUUAUUACCAAAAUGUUUUUAGGCAGGGGAAACAAUUGAAUUUUUUUUAUUCAGAAGGAGAAAGCAACACUUUUUUUGAAAUUUUUUUUUGGUGUAGGGGGGGGGGAGGGGUAGCGUGGGGACAGGGGGAGGGGAGGGGGAAGGAAGAAGGGAAAGAAAAAUUACAAUAGAGUAAGGUAGUGCAAAGCACGGUAAACCAUGGCUUGUUUGUGAAGGAUAGGGUAGAGUACAAUCGAGUACGGCAUUAUACGAUAGCGUAGGGUAUCAUAGAGUAGGGUAUGGCCCGAAAGUGUUGAGUACAGUAAGGUAGAAUAGGGUAGGGUAGGGUAGGUAGGGUAGGGUAGGGUAGGGUAGGGUAGGGUAGGGUAGGGUAGGGUAGGGUAGGGUAGGGUAGGGUAGGGUAGGGUACGGUGGGGUGGGGUAGGGUAAGGUAGGGUAGGGUAGGGUAGGGUAGGGUAGAGUAGGGUAGGGUAGGGUAGGGUAGGGUAGGGUAGGGUAGGGUAGGGUAGGGUAGGGUAGGGUAGGGUAGGGUAGGGUAGGGUAGGGUAGGGUAAGGUAAGGUAGGGUAAGGUAGGGUAGGGUAGAGUAGGGUAGGGUAGGGUAGGGUAGGGUAGGGUAGGGUAGGGUAGGGUAGGGUAGGGUAAAGUGUCACAUAACCCUCACACUUCUGUUUACAGGUAUCCGAGCCGCUUACACCGGCUACAAGCUUCACACAGCCAUCAACGGUGAAGAUCCUCACUUACCAUCAAACGUUUACAAGGACCUUACUCAUGAACAACUGCUCUUCAUAGCAUUUUCACGUGAAAUGUGUAGCAAAAAGGCAUACAAAAAGCCAGAUACUUACUAUAGUAAUGCCAUACCAUCAACAUUCCGAGUUCUUGGAGCUUUGAAGAACUUUGCUGAAUUUAAAAACGCAUUUAAUUGUUUGGCAACAACUAAAUAUGCUAUAGAAAACUGUCGUGUGUUCGCCAAGGAAACAGCAAAAACAUCAUGA